UACACUUAUAAUUCUAUGGCAUUCUAAGACAGAAAUGCUAACUAGACAUCCUUCGAGUAUCAAUUUAAAUACAGACAAGGAUGAAAAGGACGUUUCCAUUAUUACCAACACCACCGAUACCGGCACUAAUACACACAAUAACAUAAUUUCGACAGAGAAAGCUGUUAAACAAGUAAUAACCGUUGCAAAACUCGUGGGUGAAAGCUUUGAUAGAACAAUGUCUACCGGUACUGACGAAGUUUUAAACGGUAAGAAUCACUUUUAA